GAGAGAGAGAGCACGUUUUCGUCGUGCGCAGUUUCGCGCGUUUAGUGUUGUUUGUGUUUGUACUUAAGUUCAAUUAAUAAUGACUUUAGAUCCAGAAAAAAAAGAAAAAACCGUUUAUCGGUUGGUUUUAACUGGAGGUCCUUGUAGUGGAAAAACUACAGGUCAAGCAAGAUUAUGUACCUUCUUUGAAAAUCUUGGUUGGAAGGUAUAUCGAGUGCCUGAAGCUGCAACUGUUUUGCUAAAUGGGGGCGUUCGUUUUCCCGAUUUGUCACCAGCUGAUGCGGAAAAAUUUCAAGAAAAUUUGUUAAAGACUAUGAUGGCUAUGGAAGAAACUUAUUUUUCUCUUGCAUCCACGUGUAAUAGAAAUUGUUUGGUUAUAUGUGACAGAGGGACAAUGGAUGCAGCUGCAUUUGUUGCUAAAACUGUUUGGGAAAAAAUGUUAGAUGCUAACAAUUGGAAUGCUGUACAGUUGAGGGACAAUCGCUACAAUCAAGUUGUUCAUUUGAUUACUGCUGCAAAUGGAGCAGAAGAUUUUUACAAUAUUGAAGACAAUAAUUGUAGGACGGAAGGGUUGGAAUUGGCGAGAGAAAGAGAUCUUCGAGCUGCAGAGGCUUGGAUUGGUCAUCCUUACAUUGAUGUCAUAGAUAAUUCAACUGAUUUUGACACAAAGCUAAGAAGACUCAUUGCAAGUGUAUGUCGAAGAAUUGGUAUUGAUACCGGUGACCGAUUGGCUACCAAUAGCCACAAACUAAAAUUCUUAGUUGGAAAUUUGGCUGAUGAUAAGGAAUUUCCACCAUUUCAAGAUUUUGAAGUUGUUCAUGACUACCUUGUUACAUCUCAUCCCAAAGUUCAAUCAAGAUUGAGAAAGAGAGGACAAAAUGGUAAUUGGAGCUAUAUGCACACCCAAAGACGUUUUGAUGUGAAAACUCAAGUAAUUGAAGUUAAAAGACAGAUAACUCAAAGAGAUUAUAUUAACAUGCUUGCCCAGCGUGAUGAUAAACAUUUCACUGUUUACAAAAAGAGAAGAAGUUUUCUGUUGAACAACGUUUAUAUGCAAAUGGAUAUUUACAAACACCCUUGCCAUCCAAGGUGUACCGGUUUAAUUUUGUUGGAGACUUACACUACCCUCAAAGGUGAUGAAUUAUUAGGCCGCUUGCCACCUUUUUUGAAUGUCGUUAAGGAAGUAACUGGUGAUCCUUCCUUUUCGAUGUUCAACUUAUCUUUGAAAAGUGACUGGACACCUAACAAAUUGCAGAAUGUUAACAAUUGCGCAGAUGGGGCCUAUAAAACAAUUAUUGGUUGUUAAACUAUUAGUACAAUGUUUUGAGUUUUUUUUUCGUUGUGAUGUUCAUUUGUUAGUGUAGUAAUUAUUGUCAAGAGAUAAUCAAUUAUGUACCUUGUUAUUAUUUGAUGCUAGAGCAAAAUCAGCUUCUACAUUUUGUUAUUGUUGAAAAACUUUGCAAGUUUUCCAUUAUUUAAACUAGUAUUACAUUUGGAAUAUUUUUUAUUAAUGUUGUAGAAUGCAAAUGCAUUUGUAUUUUUUCUCCACGAAUGACUUGGAAAACUUGCAUUAGUUUUUGAAAAAGUUUAAUUUAGAGUUAGCUCAAAGUAAAGUUAGAAAUCUGUAGCAAAGCAUGUUCUGUUUGGGACAUUAUUUUAAAUUUAAUCUAGUCGCCAAAGGUAGAAUUUUUGGUGUACUUAGUUUUAAACGGAACUGAAACAUUAAUAGUAUAUAGUUAGCUUUUAGUCAUUUACGUGACACAACUUUUUGUUUUAUACCUUGUUAAAAAUUUGUAUGUUAUGGGGAAAGGUAUUUAUAUUAAAUUUCAUCUCCUAAAAUGUGAUAGCAAUUUCUACAGUUUAAUGGAAAUUUAAUGCUGGGAAAUGUAUAGCGCAAUCUGUUAAAUCAGCCAAUUGUCUUUCUUUUAUUUCUCUUAUGUUCCUUUUAUGUUUUUUAUUACCUUUGUAUUUUUAAUGUAUUAACUAUUUUUUUCU